AUGACCAUGCAAGCGUCGUUCCGUCGACGUGCCAUAAUCUCUCUCAACGCAACGGCGAUCACCAGAGACGAGGAGAAAGCGUCGUCAUCCGGGCGAAGAAAAGAAGAUCAUGAUUCGCAAUCGAAACAGAAAUUUUCACGAAACGACGCGUCGAACUCUCGUCCGCGCGCGCUCUUCUGCGUGCUCGCGCUCGUCAUCGCCGCGAGCGUGUUGGGAUCUUACGUGCACGAUCGCAUGACGGCAACGGGACGGUGGCUGACGACAACGAGCGAUCAGCCGUUGGUGACGCGGAGCGACGACUUCUUAUCUGACGAGGAGUUUGAAAGCCUUCGAAAGUGCGCCUUGGAGCACCCGAAGUUACACGUGGCGGGCGAACUCAACGGGGAGACGUUCGGGAAGACGCGAGGGUUCGUAUUAAAGUUUAACGAGGAUGGGGUGGAGCGAUUUCGGUCCAAGAAGGAGUACGCGUGCUUUGUGGACGUGUUCGAUCGCUUGCGAGCACCGUUGACGAACGCCUUCGUGAUGAAUGUGUUGUUGUGCGAAUUGCAAGAUUAUAGUGCGUACGACGCAAACGGAAUGGCGGUAGGAUUGCAUCUGGACGAUACGGUCGGCAUCUUCAGUAAGCACGAAUUCGUCGCGCACCAAGUUUCGGUGCUCUACGUCUCGGUUCCUGAAGAUAUGGAGGGUGGCCAACUCGAACUGUUUCCGUAUGGAAAUGGCUCGACCCCCGAGAACGUCGAACCGACCGAAGCGGUAGAACCGAAGGAAAAUCUCAUGGCCACGUUUCGCGGCGACGCGUUUCAUCGCGUUAGGGCGUACCGCACGCGAUCCAAGCGAGAGCGCGUCUCGUUGGUGUUGGAGCAAUACCACAUCGGCGACAAUCACUACCCGAAAACAAUCACGUUCUCCGAAAGCCUCAAGUCCAACAUGACGAUGGACGUGUAA